AUCGCACUCAGCCUUGUUCAAUGAAGACAACGGUCGCAUUUGUUGUGCCGUGGCCUUGACCCUUGCAGAACUUGCACAUUGCAUACCACCUACUCGAGACCGCUUCACGCACGCAUUCGCCAACCGCACGCGUACUCCUUGUCAACGGGCAACCACUACCCAGCAGCAGAAGCAGCCUAGCAGUCGCAACAGCGACCGACCAAGCCAGCCCGCCAUGGACCGCAGCCUUGAUGAGAUUCUCGCCGAACGCCAGGUGAAGAACGGCGGCCGUUCCCGCGGCUCUCGCAACGGCGGAGGUGGAGGUGGAGGCGGCGGCGGAGGCGGAAGCGGAGGAAACCGACGGCGCGAGAGACAAGACUACCCACGGGAUGGUGUCAGAAAGUCAUACCGGGACGAGCCUCGCAACCUUGAUUCCGAGUGGGUGCACGAUAAGUUCGACGACAAUGAUUCCCGCAGAGGAAGGCUACCUCGUCGACGAGCGGAGAGUGCGGAGCAGGAAUCUGGUGGCCCUAAGGGCACCAAGAUUCGUGUCGAUAAUAUCCACUAUGAGCUGACCGAGGAGGACCUUCAAGGACUCUUCAAUGGCAUCGGGCCGAUCCGUGAACUCGACCUUGUCUAUGACCGCUCCGGUCGAUCUGAAGGCACAGCCUACGUUGUAUACGAGAGCUACAAGGACGCGACCCUUGCUGUUAAGGAAUUUGAUGGAGCCAACGCCGCAGGUCAACCUAUCCGUCUCACCAUCCUCCCAUCCGGGCCGUCUAGCCGCCGGAAUCCGUUCGACACGGCGAUCAAGCCUGGUAGGCCGCUGUCGGAGCGCAUUACGACCCACUCGAGCCGGACUCGGUCUUUGUCGCCGCGCCAGGAGCUCGAGGCAGAUGCCGCUCGGAAGGGGAUUGAUAGAUACAUUCCUGGCGGCUCGCGCUCGCGCAGCCCGUACGCUCCUCCUCGCCGUGAGGGCGGGCGGCGCCCCGGCGCUAGACGGGAGCGGGGAGGGCGGUCGCAGCAGAGUGAAGAAAGUGCUGGUCGCGGGGAGCGAAACACGCGUCCCAAGAAAACUCAGGAAGAGCUCGACGCCGAGAUGGAGGAUUACUUCGGGAGUGGAGGUGGCGGGGCGGCGGCGGCGGCGGUGGCGACGACUGCUGCUCCGGUGGUGAAUGGUGGCCGCCCCGGAGACGACGAUAUUGACAUGAUCGCGUGAUGGAUUAACAAAGAAAGGCCUGCACCAAGUCAAUGGAAUGACAAAGAGGGGCAUUUGGUGUCUUCCUGUCUACAAUUUUUUCUUCAACUAACAGAAAUGCAUGAGGCGUAGGGCUGUAUCCGAUGAACAACUCGAUUAUCUCCUUGUCAUGUUGCUCUAAGCGGUAGAGUGGAGCUUCUUGUUGACCUCGGGCAAAUUUCAUGCACAGAUAAAAGAUUCUGGCAACUCCCAGUGACAUUUAGCUAUUGCAAUAACGCCCCUUGUCUCUCGCAAAGACAGUCAUUAAUCGGUCUUCUUCCUCUUACGAUCCAUACCCUCGCUC